CUCACAUCUUCUACAGACUGUUACACAAGACCCCCUUUCUCUAAACCAAUUCCUCUUCUACACUCUUCUCCUCCUCCUUUACCAUCACAAUGUCUGCCAGAAAGCUUAAGGUUGGCUGUGCCGGUCUGGGCCGCAUGGGCAAGCGUCAUGCUCUCAACUUCUUGCAGCGUACUCCGCGUGCAGACCUUGUCGCCGUUAGCACUCCGGACGAGUCGGAGCUGGAAUGGGCCAGGGCCAACCUUGGUCCGUACGGAGUCACGGCCUACAAGAACUAUGAGGACAUGCUGAAGCACGAAGGCCUGGAGGCCGUCGUCGUUGCUUCCGCGACCGCCGUGCACGCUGAACAAGCCAUCAAGGCCAUUGAGGCUGGCAAGAACGUUCUCUGCGAGAAGCCCUUGUCGACCAGUGUCGAGAUCUCCCAAACCGUCCUCGAUGCAGCAGCCAAGAAGCCCGAACUGAAAGUGAUGUGCGGUUUCUCCCGUCGCUUCGAUGCCUCCUACCGUGACGCAUUCAACAAGAUGUCCGCUGGUGGAAUUGGUUCUCCCUCCGUCAUGCGCAGUCAGACCUGCGACAAGCUGGACCCCACCGGGUUCUUCGUCGCCUACGCCGAGUUCUCGGGUGGUAUCUUCGUGGACUGCUCCAUCCACGACAUCGACCUGGCUCUGUGGUUCUUCGGUCAAGAUAGCAAGGUCAAGUCCGUGUCCGCAGUGGGUAUCACCGCCGUUGAGCCCGACCUGCGCAAGCACAACGACCGCGACAACGCCGUCGGUCUGGUGGAGUUCCACAACGGCAAGAUCGCCUACUUCUACGCCUCGCGCAUGAUGGCCGCCGGUCAGGAAGACACCACCGAGAUCAUCGGUACUAAGGGUAAGCUGGCUGUGAACACCCAGCCUGCUCUGAACCUGGUCAACAUCUUCGACGAGACCGGUGUCCGUCGCGAGAUCCCCCAGCACUACUACGACCGCUUCGAGUACGCCUUCGUCACCGAGGCCAACGAAUUUACGGCCUGCUGUCUCGAGAACACCUCCGUCCCUCUGAAGCUCGAGGGCGCCGUCCAGGCAGUCCGCAUCGGCGCUGCCCUUCAAGAAUCGCUGAUCACAGGCGAGAAGAUCUUCUUCGACGAGGAGGGCCAGCGUCUUCCCAAGGCAAGACUUUAGAGAGAUAUGAUAGACACGAUAGAUUCCUG